UGAGGAUGACGUCAUGGUCGUUGUUUCGAAUGUCGGGAGCUAGCGCUGGGUAGGAGGCCGCGCGCUCUGCUGGGGACAAAACUUGUAUAAAUCUGAAGCCCAAGGUCGUCGACAGCCCCCGGUACCUUGAAUUUCAGGAAUAUCCUCUCCCAUCCCCCUUACCCCCUCUGUCAGAGCAUGGCUCAGGAGACCAAUCAGACGCAGGUGCCAAUGCUUUGCACUAUGGGAUGUGGUUUCUAUGGUAACCCCCGCACCAACGGCAUGUGCUCUGUCUGCUACAAGGAACACCUUCAGAGACAACAGGGAGGGGGGAGAUCCAGCCCCCCAGGAGAGAAAGCUGCUACAUCACCAUCAGGGUCACCGGGGACUUCUGGUGUUAGUGUGGAGAGUACGACCUCAGAGCCAAGUACAGAAGUGGCUGGAACUCCACCUGAGGAACAAACAACCAGUCCCAGCUCUCCUAGCCCAGUAACCCAACAGAUGACAGCCAUGAGCAUCUCCCAAGAUUCAGGAGCUGUCGACUCUGAUCGAGCGGAGGCUGAUGAGGGAGAAGAGGAGGGUACUUCCAGCAGCUCAGAACCAGUAGGGGAAGCGGCACAGGCUUUGUCUGAUAGUGACCAGACUCCGGAUAAAAACAAGAAAAAGAACCGCUGCUUCUCUUGCCGGAAGAAAGUGGGCCUUACUGGUUUUGACUGUCGCUGCGGCAACCUGUUCUGUGCCAUCCACCGUUACUCUGACAAACACGACUGUCCCUAUGAUUACCGGAGUGCAGCUGCUGCCCGCAUACGCAAGGAGAACCCCAUCGUCGUGGCGGAGAAAAUUCAGAAGUUAUGAGGACUGAGUGCAAAAAAAAGUCCCUGACUUUGUGUAUUUGAACAAUGGCGACUUGGAUGAAAACACCUGAUAUCAUGGCUUCAUUUGUUCAUGGUAGUCUAAGACGGGUGGGGUGGGGUGGUGAGGUCGCAGCCACUGUCCAGACUCUUCCCUUACUAGCAUCUCCCCUCUCUCCACUAGUGACUGCAGCUGAACCUGAGUGUUUCUGUGUGUGUUUGUAUGAAAGUGUGUGUGUGUGUGUGUGGGUGUGCAUAUUUGCUUGAGAGUUGGGGAGAGAGCCGUACAGGCUAGGUGGACAUUAGUGUUGCUGUGGGGAGGGGAGACAUUUUGAUUUUACCCCUUUUGUUUUCUUAACUUGGAGGAUGGUGUGAGCUUAUUUUUAUACAAUCCCUGUAAGGUAGUUAACAUGAAAUAGGGGCAAGCUGUUAAGGAAUGUGUCACAGCCUGGAAAAUGGCACGGAGCUCAAUUUAGGUCUAGCAAGUACAACAACAAAAAAAACUUACCCGGGGAUUUAAUUUAUCAGCGAGACCUUUUAAGGGCUUUGGAAUAUAAAUUUGUCUCCGAGACUGAAAAUGAUGUCAACCUCUUGUCAAAUUGGCAUUUUCUUUUCUUCCCACCUCUUUUCUCUAUGGGUCACCACAUGUUAGACCCCCAAGUUUCAGCAAUUUCCAGAAAUGUUUCUCUUUGAUAUAAUGACUUAUCAUACUGAUAUUGGGUGCAUGAACAAUUAUUAGAGGGGGAUGGCAGGGGAGGGCAAGGGGAGGGGAAACCUUGACUUAACUGUGUGAUUGAACUUUGUGUUUUUUUAUUUUAUUUUAUUUUAUUUUCUGUUUUAAUGAGCGUAUGACAUCAGAAGAUCUAUAUUAAUAUAUUGUAGUUAGCUUGAAUUGUGUGAUUGCAUUCUAUUUAUUUUUAUUGUUUGGUUGGUCUGUGCUGGAGGAUUGGCAGCAUGUGUCGGCAAAUCAUCAAGAUUUCACAAUUAUAUGAAAGUAGUUCCAUCUUGAUUAUAUAACCAUUGAGUAGAAAAUACACAAGCUCUGACAUCAUGGGGUAGAGUCCGGUUAAGCCAUUACAGCUUUAAUUGAGCAGCAAAAUCUCCGCUGUUUUGGAUUUGGAAACACAGCACAACAAAGUGUGUCAACUGAGGAGAGACAACUAAUGCGCCACACCUACUCAGUUUUGUUCAGCAUCUGGGUCAUUUGCAGUUUAUAUUUGAUCUUUACAGCAGGUUUUCUGAAGAGCUUGCCUUUUAUGGGACGAUGCGAGACAAUACGAGACAUCCUGUUUUAGUAGGAUGAAGUGUUCUCCUUGAAUGCCAUUUUCUGUUCUAUGGAGUCUGAGUGAACUCCAUGUUUCUCUAACCACCAGCAGACCACUGACACAUGCUGAAUGAAAACUGACCUGGGUCACAGCUUCUCUUCUCAUUAACACACCUGCGACAGUCAAAAUUGUUGCAAUGCUACCUCUGAAGCAUUGCAACAAUCUAGCUACUGCAGUGCUUCUUCUACAACGUGCUCCGAGUCAGACGAGUCCUUACUGUGAAGACGCUUCUUGCUCGUUAGUUUUAGGAAGAUCAAACUAACAUGCAUGUGUGCAGUCCAGCUCAAGAGUUACGGUUCUGUAAGGGACUGCACAGUUUGAAACGAAGCUAAGGUGUUAUAAAAGCCACAGCAAUAGCACAAUGCAUGGCUGGAACCACCAAUGUUCAAGUUAACAGGACUCUACAAUUUUUGUUUUCCAAAUGUAAAUACCAUAAGGCUCUUAUUCAUAUAGUAUACUCUUAUUGUAGAUUUUUGCCAGUUAAUAAAGGUGGGGGACUAAGCUAAAGAAUAGUACUAUUUGUAUCAAAGUGCUUUAUAUAAUUAUAAAAAAAAAAACAUUAGAGAACAGAUUUCCCCCAUCUUAUUCCCCUUUUAUUACAAGUUAUUUACCACAUCAUCAUUACCUAUGUAAUGUCUAGUGACUGUUGAUUUACUGACCUUUAUGAGUCUUUCCUUCAGGCUGUUCAGCUUCUAUUCUACAAAACCAGUCAGAUCAUUAAGAAGCCCCUAUAAGCUUUAGAAACCUUGCUUAUUUGCCCAUUAACCAAGCCCCUGCUUUUAUAGUUUUACUGAAGUCUAUUCAUAGCAUAUUGAUAAUUCUGAAAGUUAAAAAGGCCCCCAGUGAGAUGAAGAGGAGUCUUUGAAGCUUCACCUUUUCGUUAUCGAAAGCUUUUCUUGUAAAUGUUGCUCGAUCUCGAUCAAUAAAUAUGUAUGAAAGAGCUUGCUGAAAAGUAGCAAGAACUGCAAAGUAUGCUUCUUUUUUUUUUUUUUCUUUUUUUUUUUUAAAUGAGGCAUUGCAGAUUUUUGGAGGGGAGUGAGUGACACUUUCCCUACACAGAUUAUUAUGCUGUGCAGGGUCUGUUUGGUUUUGGCACCUUUGAUUGGAAAAUAGGCUUUCAUGAAAAUUCCUGUGUGGGUGAUGGACAUGUCAAAAUGGCUUUGAGACUAUGCGUGCCAAUGCUGAGCCUUUUCUUCUCAGAUAAAUUGGUCAUUUUAAAGCCACUGGCUUUGUUUCAUCACUAGUGAAAAUUCAGAGGGGUUGUAGGGAGUCUUGAGUGAUGAUCAUGUACAAGGAGAACUAUUGUCAUAUUCAGGGGAGCCUCUGAAGCUUGGUAUUCCCUAAUGUGUAUCUUUAUAUGCAGAAAAUUGAAGCUUGCCUGCUGGGUUUAUGACCAUAACAAAAUAAUGUCUACAAAAUGCAUAAUUUUCCUUUACAGAUAGAAAGUCAUUUCAGAGGAGAGGUUCCUUCACUUGGGAUGAUUGUUCAGCUGUGUAAAUUGUGAACAUCUCAUGGUUUACUACUGCUGUUUUCUAUUGACUGCUCAUAUCAAACCCCCUCUUUUAUUUAGUUAAACAUGAGCAGUUUGAAUGUAAUCCACCAUAAUUCACAUGGUAAACCGUAAUGCAAUUUAUCAGACUAAGUGGCGCUGAUAAUGGUUGUUUGAGCAGAGGAUGGAGGCCAAACUUUCAAAUGUGAUUUGGGACAGUUGGAUUACUAGAAUAGUUUUGAUUGUUUAUAAUGAGUGCUUGGCACCAGCAGUUAGGGGCAACCAUACCUGAAUAAUCAAAAUAUUAUCAGUACAUAUGUUUUUCUUCCUUCUACUUUUAUUUGAUAGAGUUUUGAUGUCUUCGAUCCUGUCUUUAGCACAACCUUUCAUAAUCAGUGAUUUCAUCGUGCAAGGGUUUUGAUUGAUAACGAUGAUAAACCUGUCAGAUCAGAGGGAUCCGAAAGUUCCGUUUCACUGCAGAAGUCGAGUAAAAUGACGAUGACUUGGCUCAUUGUUUUUCAAGAUGAGUUUGAAGAGCAUCAAGUGAAGUCCACAAUGUUCACAGAGCUGUAGUUCUUGUCCCUUGGCACUCCAGUCCCCCAGAAACACCACCAGAUAUCUUUUAUUUUGUUUUUCUUUCAAGAUUUAGGAUUGUAUGAUGUGUAAGAGUAAGUAUAAAACAAUAAAUUCACAAAGUUUAUUUUAAAUUAAA